UGGUGUCACUGCCCUGCAGUUCCCUCACAGUUCGCACAGAGCAUCGGUAAAGUCGGGGGAGGCCCUGUAUUUGACUUCAGCGUUUUAUUCUUUUGCGAUCAAAUGAAGAUGGACUCUGGUCUGGUUUGGUCAAGCGUCGUUAUAAGUUAAAUUAAACGGGUUAUUUUCGCUUUGCCGCUCCGUUUUUCGAAGAAUGCAACUCUUAACGUUCGUCUUAGCCGGCUAGCUAACGGACGAGCUAGCAGCCCGUGUUGUUGUUUGGAUUAUUUACUAAAGCGAGAGAGUCUGACUGCUAGAUAUACCGAAUACUAUUUUUACAUUUAAGUGCAGUCGGGAAUACAAUUCACAAGGCAGAGAGAUACAUCGGUACCAUCUCCCCAAGUUGGAAUACAAGCUAGCUAGUUAGCCUGCGCUAACGUCAAACAGCAACUGGCUAGCUUAAGCUAGCUCUCCGGGGACCAUCCGGUCUGUCCCCUGGACCCCGAAUAGCAGAAAGCAUCUGGGGAGCUGCUCAAGCUCUCGGUGAACCAGAUCCAAAUGCGUGGUAUGAUGGGAACCCAAAGCAGUCCCGUCAAGAGCUACGAUUACCUCUUGAAAUUUCUUCUUGUGGGAGACAGUGACGUAGGAAAAGGAGAGAUCUUGGAGAGUUUGCAGGACGGAUCUGUCGAGUCUCCAUACGCCUACAGCAGUGGGAUCGACUACAAAACCACCACUAUUCUGUUGGACGGUAGGAGGGUGAAACUGGAGCUGUGGGACACAUCCGGGCAAGGCAGGUUCUGCACCAUCUUCAGGUCUUACUCUCGUGGAGCACAGGGCAUCCUGCUGGUAUACGACAUCACUAACGGCUGGUCGUUUGAUGGGAUUGAUCGUUGGAUCCGGGAGAUUGAUGAGCAUGCCCCAGGCGUUCCCAGGAUCCUUGUAGGAAACCGGCUUCACCUGGCGUUUAAGCGGCAAGUACCCACAGAGCAGGCGAGGGCUUACGCUGAAAAGAACAGCAUGACCUUUUUUGAGGUCAGUCCUCUCUGCAACUUCAACGUCAUCGAGUCCUUCACGGAGCUGUCACGCAUCGUGUUGAUGAGGCACGGCAUGGAGAAGUUCUGGCGGCCCAACAGAGUCUUCAGCCUGCAGGACCUGUGCUGCCGGUCGAUCGUCUCCUGCACGCCGGUCCACCUCAUCGACAAGCUGCCGCUCCCUGUCGCCAUCAAGUCCCACCUCAAGUCCUUCUCCAUGGCCAACGGCAUGAACGCCGUCAUGAUGCACGGACGCUCGUACUCGGUCGCCAACAGCACAGCCUCCGGCGGCGGCGGCAGCAGCAAAGCCAACAGCCUCAAACGCUCAAAGUCCUUCAAAAGCCCCCAGAGUCCUCCAAAGUACACCUCCUCUUCCUCCUCCUCCUCCUCUUCCGCCUCCUCCUCCAAGGGCAACUGUAAGAUCUCAUAGUGACGGCGUGCAGCGAUAUUUGCCCCCUCCUGCCCCUCCAGCGCGCCGACAUUAAAGCUGUUGCUCUAAGAGAUCAGAAGAGGGCCAUCUGGAGCUGCCAGCUGUUAGAAAUGGAUACAGAUGUGAACUCAUUUGAUGUUUGGGAACGAAGCUGGAAUCACAGACUGGUCCCCCCCCCCACUCCAUGUCCGGUUACCUGUUCCAUGUUAACUAAACGAUGGUUUCCUGGGGACCAGCUAAUGUGAACGGAGGGUCGUCGCUCACCAGUCAACACUACGGAUGAUUCCCUACUGUAAGGAAAAAACGGACGAUUGUUUAUUGCUUAUUUAAAGCUGGACUUGAAGUUCUGCGUGUAUUUCCACGUGUUUGUGACGUGGCGAUUUUAACGGGGAGGAGCUUCUCGUGUUUUUUUUUU